AUGGCAAAGUGGCUUAAGGACUAUCUAAGCUUUGGAAGCAGAAAGGUCCCACCACAGCCUCCUACUCCAGACUACACAGAGAGUGAGAUCCUCAAAGCUUACCGCCUGCAGAGGGACCUGGACUUUGAGGACCCCUAUGAGGAUGCUGAGAACAGACCCAGGUGUGAGUCCGGGGCUUCAGACCCUGCUUCCCCUGUGUACGGAUCUCCUCUGAAGACUAUAGGGGACAGCAAGUCUCCAAAGCAUAGACUUAUCAAAGUGGACUCUCAAGAACUGGGCCGCACCAAGAUUCUUCUGAGCGCCAUCUCUUUGGAGGAGCAACAAGAACCUGUGGUGCCGUCUGCUCCUCUGGCUGGGGACACUGAUUAUUCGGACCCUUUUGAUGCCCGCUCUGACCAUAGAGUGGAGCCGGACCUCGGACUAGUGCCUUGUGAAAACAACGGCUACAUGGAGCCUUAUGAAGCUCAGAGGGUCAUCACAGAAUUACAGCGUGGUACUGGAGGAGGACGGUCUCGCGGAGGAGUGCAGCUCUAUGAUACGCCUUAUGAAGACGGGCGCAGCCUUCGACUCACCUUCGGAGACAGUGAGGUUAGCAAGGAGAGCAGCCGGCUGCCCCAGGACGACGAGAGGCCAGCAGACGAGUACGACCAGCCCUGGGAGUGGAAGAAAGACCACAUCUCCAAAGCCUUCGCAGUGCAGUUUGAGGGGGCUGAGUGGGACCGCUCCUCUUCCCCCACAGAGCGCCUGCGUCCUCCAGGGGCCAGGUCCAGCCCCAUGAAGCUCUGGAUGCCCCAAGAAGCACUCACAGCGGUUGGGGAGAGAGUGGACCCUACGCUGCCACUGGAGAAGCAAGUAUGGUACCAUGGGUCGCUCUCCCGGUCGGACGCAGAGGCACUUUUAACACUGUGUAAAGAAUGUAGCUACUUAGUGAGGACCAGCCAAACCAACCACAACGACUACUCUCUCUCCUUACGGAGCUGCCAGGGAUUUAUGCACAUGAAGUUCGCCCGCUGCAAAGACGGAAAGUACGUCCUGGGACAGAACAGCCCCCUUUUCGACACCAUCCCAGAGGUCAUCCAUUUUUACAGCACACACAAACUCCCGAUCCGAGGAGCCGAGCACUUGUCCUUGCUCUUUCCAGUGCUGGUUCAGACGCUCUGA